AUGAAGAAACUAUUAUUUGCUUCUGGGAUUCUCAUAGUAAAAGCUUUUAAAAGGCUUCACGGGACUAGCCACCACAGGUCAGGCUUGAUGAAUUUGAAGAAGCACCAUCAUUUAAAUCUAAAGCGAUCAAAUCUCUCUUCAGUUAGUAAUGUCAAGGAUAAAGGGGAUAGCAAUGGUGGCAAUGGGAACAAUAACAAAAAAGAGAAAAAGAAAGAUAAAGAGGGCGGCAAGGAAAGUGACAAGGAGAAAGGAGAUGACAAAGGAGAUGGCAAAAAAGAGGACAAAGAGGAGGACAAAGAAGAGGGUAAAGGAUCUUCCAAGUCUAGUGGAGAAAAUAAAAAUAAUGAGAGUGGAAAAUCAGGUUCCUCUCUCACCAAUCACUCCUCUAAUCUCUCUUCUCCUGAUGCUCAAGCCGGAUCUACGGACGGCAAAAAGAACAGCACAAAAGUGAGUACCGGUCCUACUAAAGAAGAUAUGAAUAACUCUCAAGUAGAAAAGAAGAAAGCUCAGGAGAAAAGAAAUUCUACACGUAGCAGCCCACAAGGAACCAAAAAAGAAGCUGGAGAUUCGGUAGAUACUUUCAACACUAAUAAAAAGAAGGGCAAUCUUAAGAAGUCUGGUAUUAAUGAAAGCAGCAAUCUCCUUGAUUCCGAAAUUGAUAGUGAUGCAAGCGUAGUAGAGAAUUCAUAG